CCGCCUCCGUAGAGUCACGUGACAGCAGCAGGCAAAGCGCUUGAAUCGGCUCUGACUCGGGGCUGCGCGAGCCUCAUCAUCCUCAUCAUCUCACCACAAACCGCCGCAGCGGCAGAGAACCGAGCGAACCACCGGAGCCACCGGGGCCGUUACCGAUUUCCAGGAGCCGGGCGCCAUGGCGGACCCCCGCUAAAAAAACAACACCCAGAUUUAUCCUCUUUGUUCUCCCCCACCGCCUCGCAGUCCUCACGCGCCUCCACCGAGGAGGGGCCGCCGAGGAGCCGCUGUCCCUCUCUGAGCACCGGAGGAGCGAGGGAGGCAGGAGACUCUAACGGCAGCGACGGCGGAGGAGGAGGAGACAGCAAGCGAACCGGGGAGGCGUUUUCUACGGUGCGAGCCGAAUGGCGGACCGCGAGGCGUCGCCGAUACCGCUGGAGAUCCGAGCCCGGCUGGCGGAGCUGGAGCUGGAGCUGUCAGAGGGGGACAUCACUCAGAGGGGUUAUGAGAAGAAGAGAUUCAAGCUGAUCAGGGCACUUGUUGGAGGUAUGGAGGGGCCCAUGUCCCACCGGGCCCCGCUCGGACCGCCCUCUGCAGCCCGCUUCCACCGGCGGAGAACCUCCGGCACCAGAGACGAGCGCUACCGAUCAGACGUCCACACGGAGGCGGUGCAGGCCGUGUUGGCGCGACAUGUAGAGAGGAAGAUGGCGGUGCCCAUGCCUUCCAAAAGACGAUCGCUGGUGGUCCAGACCUCCAUGGAUGCCUACACACCUCCAGGCCUGUCCCCCCUGUGCUCAGACUCCUCGUCGGGCUCCGAGGAGGAGGCGGGGCCGGGCGAUGACACGUCCAGCAUGGAGCACUGGAUGAGCCGCCCUUCACAGCUAGGCCCCGCCCACCUCGGCUCCACCUCCUCCUCGUCAUCGUCCACGCAGAGCGGAGGCAGCGGGAACGCCGGGCGGCUGGCCGACUCACUGGCGCACACACACAUCUCACACCUGGCACACGCACACCUGGGUCACCCUCACCUGGGCCAGUCACACCACCUGUCCCAGUCACAUCACGGAAUCGGCCACCUGUCCCUGAAGAGGAAGGGGGCUCUGAGUGUCGCUGAGAACGGAGGAUCUCUGAGACGAUCCUGUGAGUUUGGAUCCGACAUGCUGUGGCCGCCGCCGCUGGAGUCGGAGGAGAACCACUCAGCGCCUCCGGAUGUGACGGGGUACUCGUCGGACUCGUCCCACUCCCACACCGAGCGUCACCACAUGUCCAACAUGGGAACCAUUGCCAGGAACACACAGAAGUACGGCAACGCAGAGCGCAUGGAGACGGGCGAUGGUGUUCCCGUCAGCAGCCGCGUGUCGGCGAAGAUCCAGCAGCUGGUGAACACGCUGAAGCAGCCGCGCAGACCGCCGCUACGGGAGUUCUUCGUAGACGACUUCGACGAGCUUCUCGAGGUCCAGCAGCCCGACCCCAACCAGCCUCGACCAGAGGGGGCGGAGAUGAUGCCGGUCCGAGGAGAGGCGCUGGGGGUGGUCACAAACUGGCCCCCCUCCCUGGAGGCUGCGCUCCAGCGCUGGGGGACCAUCUCCCCGAAGGCCCCCUGUCUCACCAGCCUGGACACGGCGGGAAAGCCGCUCUACGUGCUCACAUACGGGAAGCUCUGGUCUCGCAGCAUGAAGCUGGCGUACAACAUCCUCCACAAACUGGGCAGCAAGCAGGAGCCGAUGGUGCGACCAGGCGACCGGGUGGCGCUGGUGUUUCCCAACAAUGACCCCGUGGCCUUCAUGGUGGCGUUCUACGGCUGUCUGCUAGCUGAAGUGGUUCCUGUUCCCAUUGAGGUUCCUCUGAGUCGCAAAGACGCCGGGAGCCAGCAGAUUGGAUUCCUGUUGGGAAGCUGUGGCGUUACCGUGGCGCUGACCAGCGAUGCCUGCCAUAAGGGGCUUCCCAAGAGCGCAACAGGAGAGAUCCCACAGUUCAAAGGAUGGCCCAAGCUGCUGUGGUUUGUUACCGAGUCGAAACAUCUCUCCAAACCUCCCCGAGACUGGUUCCCUCACAUCAAGGACGCAAACAACGACACAGCUUACAUAGAGUAUAAAACCUGUAAGGACGGCAGCGUCUUGGGCGUCACGGUAACGAGGAUCGCUCUGCUAACACACUGCCAGGCUCUCACACAGUCCUGCAGCUACACCGAGGCAGAGACCAUCGUGGACGUGUUGGACUUUAAGAAGGACGUGGGUCUGUGGCACGGCAUCCUGACGAGUGUGAUGAACAUGAUGCACGUGAUCAGCGUGCCGUACUCACUGAUGAAGGUCAACCCCCUGUCGUGGAUCCAGAAGGUCUGCCAGUACAAAGCCAAGGUGGCCUGUGUGAAGUCCAGAGACAUGCACUGGGCUCUGGUGGCCCACAAGGACCAGAAGGACAUCAACCUGAGCUCGCUGCGCAUGCUGCUGGUGGCCGACGGCUCCAACCCCUGGUCCAUCUCCUCCUGCGACGCCUUCCUGAACGUCUUUCAGACCAAAGGGCUGAGAGCCGAGGUCAUCUGUCCCUGUGCCAGCUCCCCAGAGGCCCUCACUGUCGCCAUCAGGAGGCCUGUGGAGGACAGCAGCCAGCCUCCAGGCCGUGGGGUUCUGUCCAUGCAGGGUCUGAGUUACGGAGUUGUCAGGGUGGACACCGAGGAACGUCUGUCAGUCCUCACCGUGCAGGACGUGGGCACCGUCACACCAGGAGGGCUGGUGUGUGUGGUGAAACCCGAGGGCGUCCCUCAGCUGUGUCAGACGGACGAGAUCGGCGAGCUCUGCGUCUGCUCCGUGUCCACGGGGAUGUCCUACUACGGCCUGACGGGGAUGACCAAGAACACCUUUGAGGUGUACCCUGUGAGCUCCAGCGGCGGUCUGAUCAGCGAGUACGCCUUCAUAAGAACCGGCCUUCUGGGCUUCAUCGGACCCGGCGGCCUCGCCUUCAUCACGGGGAAGAUGGACGGGCUCAUCAUGGUGAGUGGGCGGAGACACAACGCUGAUGACAUCGUGGCCACGGCGCUGGCAGUGGAGCCCAUGAAGUUCGUCUACCGAGGCAGGAUCGCGGUGUUUUCUGUGACGGUCUUGAGGGAUGAGCGGAUCGUGGUUGUGGCUGAGCAGAGACCUGACGCCACUGAGGAGGACAGCUUCCAGUGGAUGAGCCGCGUUCUACAGGCCAUAGACAGCAUCCAUGGAGUGGGAAUCUUCUGUCUGGCUCUGGUUCCGGCCAACACCCUUCCCAAGACUCCCCUGGGGGGGAUCCACCUCUCGGAGAUCAAACAGCUGUACCUGGAGGGGGGGCUGCAUCCCUGUAACGUCCUGAUGUGUCCCCACACCUGUGUCACCAACCUGCCCAAGCCACGGCAGAAACAGCCAGAGAUCGGACCCGCCUCUGUGAUGGUGGGGAAUCUGGUGUCGGGGAAGAGAAUCGCUCAGGCCAGUGGCCGAGACCUGGGUCAGACCGACGACAACGACCAGUUUUUGUUUCUGUCAGAGAUUUUGCAGUGGAGAGCUCAGACCACACCGGACCACGUCCUCUACACACUCCUCAGCUCUCGGGGGGCGGUGUCCAACUCCCUCACCUGCCUACAGCUGCAUAAGAGGGCAGAGCGAGUGGCGGCUCUGCUGAUGGAGAGAGGAGGUCUGCAGGAAGGAGACCACGUCGCUUUGGUCUACCCACCAGGUAUCGACCUGAUUGCAGCGUUCUACGGUUGUCUGUACGCCGGCUGUGUUCCCAUCACGGUGCGACCGCCUCACCCUCAGAACAUCUCCACCACACUGCCCACCGUCAAGAUGAUCGUCGAGGUCAGCCACUCCUCCUGCGUGAUGACCACGGCGGUCAUCUGUAAGCUGCUGCGCUCCAAGGAGGCCAUGGCCACUGUGGACAUCAGGAACUGGCCUCCGGUUCUGGACACCGAUGAUCUUCCUAAGAAGAAGCCUCCAGCUCUCUACAAACCCACCAACCCCGACGGCCUGGCCUACCUGGACUUCAGCGUGUCCACAACCGGAAUGCUGGCCGGAGUUCAGAUGUCCCAUAAUGCAGUGGGAGCCUUCUGUCGCUCGGUGAAGCUGCAGUGUGAGCUGUACCCGUCCAGAGAGGUGGCCAUCUGUCUGGACCCGUACUGCGGCCUGGGCUUCGUCCUCUGGUGUCUCUGCAGCGUUUAUUCUGGACACCAGUCCAUCCUGAUCCCUCCGGUGGAGCUGGAGUCCAACCCUGCGCUCUGGCUGCUGGCCGUCAGCCAGCUGAGGGUGCGGGACACGUUCUGCUCCUACAGCGUCAUGGAGCUCUGCACCAAAGGACUCGGUCUGCAGACUGAAGCGCUCAAGGCUCGAGGUCUGGACCUGUCCCGGGUCCGGGCCUGCGUUGUGGUGGCGGAGGAGAGGCCCAGGAUGGCGCUCACACACUCCUUCUCUAAGCUCUUCAAAGACCUGGGUCUCCACCCGCGCUCCGUCAGCACCGCCUUCGGCUGCAGAGUCAACCUGGCCAUCUGCCUGCAGGGCACAUCUGGACCGGACCCGACCACGGUCUACGUGGACAUGAGGGCGUUGCGCCACGACAGGGUUCGGCUGGUCGAGAGAGGUUCUCCUCACAGUCUGCCUCUGAUGGAGUCGGGGAAGAUCCUGCCGGGGGUUCGGAUCAUCAUCGCCAACCCAGAGACCAAAGGACCGCUGGGAGACUCGCAUCUCGGAGAGAUCUGGGUCCACAGCGCCCACAACGGCAGCGGCUACUACAGCGGCUACGGAGAGGAGGUCCUGCAGUCGGACCACUUCAACUCCAGACUCAGCUUCGGAGACACACAGACGGUCUGGGCUCGGACCGGGUACCUGGGCUUCCUGCGCCGCACCGAGCUCACCGACGCUAACGGAGAGAGACAUGAUGCUCUGUUCGUGGUGGGAGCUCUGGAGGAGGCCAUGGAGCUGCGGGGGAUGAGAUACCAUCCCAUCGACAUCGAGACCUCCGUCAUCCGCGCUCACAAGAGCAUCAUGGAGUGCGCCGUCUUCACCUGGACUAACCUGCUGGUGGUGGUGGUGGAGCUGGAGGGCUCCGAGCAGGAGGCACUGGACCUGGUUCCCAUGGUGACCAAAGCCGUGCUGGAGGAGCACUACCUGAUUGUUGGCGUUGUCGUGGUGACCGACAUCGGCGUCAUCCCUAUCAACUCACGCGGCGAGAAGCAGCGAAUGCACCUGCGUGACGGCUUCUUGCAAGACCAGCUAGACCCCAUCUACGUGGCCUACAACAUGUAGUGUGUGUGUGUGUGUGUGUGUGCGCGCGCUCAUCGCUGUUGUUUCCCACAUAUCAACAUGUACUGUAUCCCCGACCCGCGUUCUCUGUGCUGCACUCAUCUGGUUUCUUUAGCUUCGUUUGGGUCGGUCAGUUCUGCUCGCCGGCCGACUGACCGACCAUCACUCAGUGGUGCUGUGACCCGGUUUGACCCCCGCUCCAUCUCCUGACCGUUAGGAAGCCUUAGAGGAACACUGUGUUUGGGGCGGCGCCGCCCACCGGCGGGAGGUUCUGAAGCAGACCCGUCUUUGUGUUCUGGUCGGGUGGGACGUUUUUGUUCCCUUCAGAACUUUAGGAGCGUCCAGAUUAUUGUAAAAAUAUAAAUAAUGUAAAUAAACAUAAUAAUCUAUAUGGAGAGGAACUAAAACACUGAGGUGUAGUCGCCCCUUUAUGCAGCCCUCUCCACCCGCACCCCGAGCGUGUGUGUGUGUGUGUGUGUGUGUGUGUGUGUGUGUGUGUGUGUGUGUGUGUGUGUGUGUGUGAUCAGAGGAAAUCGUCUGAUCUGCAGGAUGAGAAGGUCUGAACCGUCUCCUGACUCUGACUUUGAGACUCUUGCGGACGGCGGAGGUCCAGACCUGGUCUGUGGGGAGAUUUAGUUCAGCUUCCGGUUUGUUUGUUUCCCACCAGUUUAACCCGUCGCUCAGUUCGUUUAUUUCAUUCUUAACUCAUGAAUUUGAGUCUUAAAGCACCAAAUGGAGCAAAGUGCACUGUGUGAAUAUAAAGAUUUAUGACAUUAUCAAUAUUUAAAUGGGGUUUAACAGCAUCCAGAUGUUUCUGCAGAUGUGGGGCUAUCAUAGAAGAUGACUGAAUUGAUGUUGAUCCAAAAAUAUGACGUUAUUUAAACAGGAAGUGAGUUUCAGUUCUGAAACCUGGGAGUCGGGUUGAGAACCAACAUAAAAAACACUGCAGAUGUUUUUCUGACUGCAAAAACAUCUGGAAGGCGUCGGAGGAGGAGGAGGAAAACAAAGUUUAUAUGAAAGCAGAUCCUGUUGUAGCAAUAAUCCUCCACAGGAUGUUCUCUACUGCUGCAGAUUCACGAAACUGAUCCCAGAUCAUCUGCUGGGUUUUCUAGUACGGCAUCCCAUAAUAAGCAGCUCAAACCGUCCAGUCGUUCUUCAGGAUGUAGCUUCAUCUUUUCCUAUUUUAGAUCUGAAAAUGAAUCAAAUCAACAGAGUGUUACUACGGUGGCCUAAAAGGGACAGACAGCCCUAGUGGUUGCUGUUUAUGAUGUGUGCCAGCAGAGGGCGCCACCGACCCACAAGUAGGACCUUUAGGGGUUUAGAAAAGGUCUUCCAGAGCUUUUGUGUUAAAUAAUAAUUAGAUUUGGUCAAAUUUCUGUUCUUAGCUGAAAUUUAGAUCAGAUUAAGGUUUUAAGUCAGACUCAUAUGAUGAAAUCUGCCUUUAAUCAACGACUAAACAUCAAAUCUAAUCAAACAUGAGAGCUUUCAUGUUUCUGAUGUUAUUUUUACUGAUAAAAAUCAAAGUUUUUACCCAAAAAUAUAAGAAACGCAGUUUUUCAGCUCAAGUUUAACACUUUAUAAACUCAACAGGUCUGAAGCAUCUCAGUAUUGACUUUCGUCAGCUGGUGUGAGUUUAUGGAUCCUGGUGAAGAACGUCCUCUGAGCUUCAGACCGCUGAGGAGUUCUGACUCACCUUUAAAAAACAGAAAUAUAUCAGAGUUUAUGGUUCAUCGCUGCUGGUUCUGAAGCUUUUGGCUCGGUGUCGUUUGGAUGGAUUUAACGCCUGCAGGAGGACCGAGUGUGACGUUCUGUUUACUUCCUGUUUUUCAACUGAAGAACUUUUAUGCAUAUCAGAACCGGCUCAGCGCUGGUUUGGGUUUGCUGGUACCAGCUGAUCCCUGAAUGUGGAUCCCAUCAGAACCCCGGAGGAACAGGAGAGAGGCUGCAUGGUGUGUGUGUGUGUGUGUGUGAGUGUCGUAUGUAAAUAGUGUUGAUUUUGUACGGUACACACGUGUGUGUGUGUGUGUGUGUGUGAUCUGUUUUGUACACCUGAUGAAAAGAUGAAAGACACUUUUAUAAGAGCCCGGUUCCGGCUCCCCGUCACACUAUAACAGUGCAAUAAAGUGCUUUGAUUGGCUAAAA